UUUUGAUACAGUGACUGCAUAGAAAUUUGGAAAUUUGUGUGUAAAUUCCUGUAAUUUUAACCAUUCUCUGGAGGAUAUUUUCACCUUAUCAACAACUUCAGAAGUUUUGUGUUAUUACCUGUGGUCAGUGUCAGCGAAAGGUGUGACUGUAUGUGAAAAUUUUUGUGUGAUUUACUUUUGGAUCAUUGUGAGUUCCGUCGGAAGAUGGAGAGAGGUACUAUGUAAGCUCAUCCGCCAGUUUCGGGCUUCAUUAAUGAUUAUUGUGCUCUGUGCUCCAUUAUCAUGUUCCUAAAGAUAUGGAAUAAACAUCGAACUUUUGGCAUGACAUUAUUCAUGUGUUCAUUAUGCCAUAGAGGUACCGUAGUGAAACUAGUGAUGGUUUGAAAAAUUUUCUAAUGCGAUCUUGUGUAGGCCAGUAGGCACGGCUUGGUAAACAGCAAGAUAUGGCCGAUCAUCUCGUCGACGGACCGCCAAAUAAGCGGCCGAAAAUGUCUGAUCCUUUUCAAGGCACGUCAGAUUCUUCAGUUCCGAUGGCAGGCCAUUUAAUGGUGCACCCAACUUUCAACUUGGGCUUGAACACGACACUUGGAAACGGUGGUGGUGCCAUUCAGCAACAGCUACAGUGGAGUACGCAAAAGAGAAACCUGUUCACCAACACGGACAUGUUCGACCUGGAGAACGACCUGCCCGACGAGCUGAUGUCGUCCGGCACGUGGGGCAGCGCGGUGGAGCCGGCGGCCGGCAGCAAGCCCCCCGCGACGGGGCCCGGCCCCGGCCCCCCGGGCGGGGGCCUCCAGAACGGGGCCGUGGACCAGCCGACGCCCGACCAGCGACAGCUCUCGCACCACCUCAUGCAGCAGCAGCAGCAGCAGCAGCAGCAGCAGCAGCGCGUGUUCCAGGGCAAGAACCUGAUAGCGAGCGCGCUGGCGAUGGCGUCAGAUGCGCACGGCAGCAAGAGCCCCGGCCUGCAGUCCCCGCCCAACGUGUCGGUCAGCAAGGGGGGAGACUCCAUCGUGGGGGGGCUCAUGGCCCCCAACAGCGUGCAGGGCCUGCCUGUCGCCAUGGUACGUCAGUCUCUGUCUUUCCUAGUGAGCAUGAACAACUCGGUGGCCACGAGCGGGGGCAUGGUGAUGACCAGCAGCGGCAUGGUGGGGGGCGGGCUGGUCGGCAAGCAGGCGGUGGCGUCCAUGAUGGGCGGCCACCACGCCGUGCCCAACGGGCCGCUGAUGGCGCGCACGGUGGUGGCGGCCAUGCAGCAGCAGCAGCACCUGGCGGCGCGCGGGCACGCCGUGGGCAUCGGCGCGGGCCAGGGACCUCGCAUGCAGAGCCCCGGCAUGUCCGGCAUGGGGCAGAUGGGCCAGGGCAUGGGCGCGGGCAGCCCGUACGGGUACGGGUCCCCCGGCGGGGGGGUGGCGGGCCCCCAGGUGGUCAGCGUGGGCUCGGUGGGGACCAACGUGGCGGUGGUGGCCCCUCAGCAGCGCGCCAUGGCCGCUCUCCAGGCCCACCAGAGGUUCGGGGCGUCGGGCGGCGGCUCCAUCGGCGGUCCUUCGGUGGGUGGGGGCGAAGGCGGCAUGGCGCAGCAGGCCACUCCCCCGGCCCCCUCGCCGGCCCAGCCCCAGUCGGGGGCGCCGAGCGGGGGCCAGCCGGGCCCGCAGGCGGCCACCCAGGGCCAGACCACGCCCACCGCGGCCGCCCCCACCACGGCCGACCCCGAGAAGAGGAAGCUGAUCCAGCAGCAGCUGGUGUUGCUGCUGCACGCGCACAAGUGCCAGCGCCGCGAGAGCCAGAACAACGGCGAGGUGUGGCAGUGCAUGCUGCCGCACUGCAAGACGAUGAAGAACGUGCUGAACCACAUGACGACGUGCCAGGCGGGCAAGUCCUGCCCCGUGCCGCACUGCUCCUCCUCCCGACAGAUCAUCUCCCACUGGAAGCACUGCACGCGCUCCGACUGCCCCGUGUGCCUGCCCCUCAAGCAGGCCAACAAGAACCCCAACAUGUCCAGCGUGGUGUCGAGUCAGGCGCCAAACGCGCAGCCGAAUCAUUCCCCGUCGGAGCUGCAGAGGGCGUACGGAGCGCUUGGCAUCCCGUGCCCGGCCACCAGCGGCGCCCCCAACCUGCACCCGCCCAACAACGCCGUCGCCGGCCGGCGCAUGGGCGUCCCGGGCGUCAUUGGCCCGCCGGCCACCGCCACCAACGCGGCGGCCGGGGCGGGAGGCAACAUCCGCCUCGUGGCUCCCCACUCCCAGCCUCAAGUGCAAGUGCCCACGUCGCAGCAACAGCAGCAGCAGCAGCAGCAGCAGCAGCAGCAGCAGCAGGCCGCGAGCGCGAGCGUCUCCCUGCCGCUGGGCAGCGACCCCUCCCCGGGCGGCAACCAGCAGGGCGCGGCCGUGCCGGGCUCCGCGGCCGCCCACAUACAGCAGACCGUCGCCAACAUGACUCUGUUCGGCAUCGCCAGCGACUCCCAGGGCGGCCAGCAGGUGACGGCGGGGGUGAACCUGCUUCCCGGGGGCCUGCAGGCGGGCCAGGUGACCGCGACACCGGUGCAGGGCACCAAAGAGUGGCACCAGUCCGUCACGCCAGACCUGCGCAACCACCUCGUGCACAAGCUCGUCCAAGCGAUCUUCCCCACGCCGGACCCGCAGGCGAUGCUGGACAAGCGGAUGUACAACCUGGUGCAGUACGCCCGCAAGGUGGAGGGCGACAUGUACGAGAUGGCCAACUCCCGGUCCGAGUACUACCACCUGCUGGCCGAGAAGAUCUACAAGAUACAGAAGGAGCUGGAGGAAAAGAGGCAGAAGCGCAAGGAACUGCAACUACAGCAGCAACAGCAGCAACAGCAGCAGCAGCAGCAGCAGCAGCAACAACAGCAGCAGCAGCAGCAGCAGCAACAGCAGCAGAUGCAUUCCCAGCUGAAGCCCGGGGCCCCGGGCGUCCGCACCGUGGGCACCACUUCCGCCAUGCAGAGCUCGACCCCCAACGCUGCACUUCCCUCCCACUCCCCAGGCAUGUCCCACGCGGGGCUGCCAGUCCUCGGCGUCCAGCAGAACCGCAUGCAGUUCCAAGUGCAGGCCAGCCAGCAGCAGCAGCACGUGGUGGUGGGGCCUCCCGGCCAGAGCCCCACCGGCCCCGGCCUGUCCCCCUUCGGCCAGCCCCUGUCCCAGGGCCCCGCCACCACCGCCGCCAGUCAGUACGCCAGCAGCCCCGCCCCCUCCCAGUCGCAGCACGUCCCGGAGGCCGUGAAGGCGCGCCUGGUGGUGUCCGGGACGUCGUCGUUCCCGCUGCAGGGGCAGUUCGCCCCCUCGGCGGCCAGGGCGAGCGUAGAGCUGCCCUCGGCGUCCCCCGGCCUGGCCCCGCCGCCCGCGCCGACGCCCCCCGCGCCCCAGUGCCUGGUGCCCCCCGCCCCGCCGGCCGCGACGGCCCCCACGCCCCAGCAGCACCUGGCCAGCCUGGGCAAGGGCAUGUCCAGCUCGGAGCGCGCCGGCCUGGUGCGCGUCAACGCCUCCUCCUCCAUGUCCAGCCAGAUGGCCGCCAUCACCGCCUCCCUCCAGCAGGAUGACGACUCCCCUCCUUCCACGAGGGGCAAGUCGGACAUGAAGACGGAACCGGACCACGACGGUGUCAAGAUGGAGAUAAAGCGGGAGGACGGCGAGAUGAACCACCGUCACGAAGGGGGAAAAGGGAUGAACAGUGAAAUCAAAACUGAGAUAAAGACUGAGCCGAUGGAUGAGUGCAGCACAACUUCGGACAUGAUCAAAGAGGAGUCGGGCAUCAAGGAGGAGCGGAUGACCCCUGUCUCGUCCGGCAUGGGGGACGGCAUCCCGGGCAGCGACAUCAAGCCCCUCAUCCCAGAGCCCAUCCAGGGGGGCAGCGCCGGCACCGGCCUGGACAAGAAGAAGAAGUGCUUGUUCAAGCCGGACGAGCUGAGGCAGGCCCUGAUGCCGACCUUGGAGAAGCUGUAUCGCCAGGACCCAGAAUCUCUUCCCUUCCGCCAGCCGGUGGACCCACAGGCGCUGGGCAUUCCCGACUACUUCGAGAUAGUCAAGAAGCCGAUGGAUCUCUCCGCCGUCAAGCGAAAGUUGGACACGGGUCAAUACUCGGAUCCGUGGGAGUACGUGGAUGACGUGUGGCUCAUGUUCGAUAAUGCGUGGCUGUACAACCGCAAGACGUCCCGGGUGUACAGAUAUUGUACAAAGCUGUCGGAAGUGUUUGAGCAGGAAAUAGACCCGGUGAUGCAAGCGUUAGGUUAUUGCUGUGGUCGCAAGUACACGUUCAACCCUCAAGUGCUGUGCUGCUACGGCAAGCAGCUGUGCACCAUUCCAAGGGACGCCAAGUACUACAGUUUCCAGAACAGCCUAACCACUCUGGGCGUUCUCUCCGGCAGAUACACCUUCUGUCAGAAGUGCUUCAACGACAUCCCGGGCGACACCAUCACGCUGGGGGACGACCCGACCCAGCCCCAGACCACCAUCAAGAAGGACCAGUUCAAGGAGAUGAAGAACGAUCACCUGGAGCUGGAGCCGUUCGUGGAGUGCACGGACUGCGGUCGGAAGCUGCACCAGAUCUGCGUGCUGCACCUGGAGAGCAUCUGGCCCCAAGGGUUCACCUGCGAGCACUGCUUGAAGAAGAAGGGCCUGAAGAGGAAAGAGAACAAGUUCAACGCCAAGAGGCUGCAGAUCACGAAGCUGGGCACGUACAUCGAGACGCGUGUCAACAACUACCUGAAGAAGAAGGAGGCGGGGGCGGGCGAGGUGUUCAUCAGGGUCGUCUCCAGCUCGGAGAAGAGCGUCGAGGUGAAGCCGGGCAUGCGCAACAGGUUCGUGGACUCGGGGGACCUGCCCGAGCAGUUCCCGUACCGCGCGAAGGCCCUGUUCGCGUUCGAGGAGGUGGACGGCGUGGACGUGUGCUUCUUCGGCAUGCACGUGCAGGAGUACGGCUCGGAGUGCCCCUGCCCCAACACCAGGCGGGUCUACAUCGCCUACCUCGACUCUGUGCACUUCUUCCGGCCGCGCCAGUUCCGCACCUCCGUCUACCACGAGAUCCUGCUGGGCUACCUGGACUACGUCAAGCAGCUGGGGUACACCAUGGCCCACAUCUGGGCGUGCCCGCCGUCUGAAGGGGACGACUACAUAUUCCACUGCCACCCCAUCGAGCAGAAGAUACCCAAGCCAAAAAGACUGCAGGAGUGGUACAAGAAGAUGCUGGACAAGGGCAUCAUCGAGAGAAUAGUGAUGGACUACAAGGACAUCCUGAAGCAGGCGAUGGAGGACAAGCUGAGCUCGGCGGCGGAGCUGCCCUACUUCGAGGGCGACUUCUGGCCCAACGUGCUGGAGGAGAGCAUCAAGGAGCUGGACCAGGAGGAGGAGGAGAAGAGGAAGCAGGCCGAGGCCGCCGAGGCCGCCGCCGCCGCUGCCAACGCGAUCUUCUCCCUCCAAGAAGAGAGCGAGGUGGGUCCCGACGGGAAGAAGAAGGGCCAAAAGAAAGCCAAAAAGUCUAACAAAUCCAAAGCGAACCAGCGGAAGAACAGCAAGAAGUCGAACACCCCGCAGACUGGGAACGACCUCUCUGCGAAGAUAUUUGCGACGAUGGAGAAGCACAAGGAGGUGUUCUUCGUCAUCAGGCUGCACUCGGCGCAGUCUGCGGCCAGCUUGGCGCCGAUCCAAGACCCGGAUCCGUUCAUCAACUGUGACCUGAUGGACGGGCGGGACGCGUUCCUGACGAUGGCGCGCGAGCGGCACUACGAGUUCUCGUCGCUGCGGCGCGCCAAGUUCUCGUCCAUGUCGAUGCUGUACGAGCUGCACAACCAGGGCCAGGACAGGUUCGUCUACACCUGCAACAACUGCAAGAGCCACGUGGAGACGCGCUACCACUGCACCAAGUGCGACGACUUCGACCUGUGCGUGCAGUGCUACGAGAAGGAAGGUCACCAGCACCCUAUGGAGAAGUUGGGUUUGGAUCUCGACGACGGGUCGUCUCCGUCCGACCAGAAGCAAGCCAAUCCACAGGAGGCGAGGAAGCUGUCGAUACAGAGGUGCAUCCAGUCCCUGGUGCACGCGUGUCAGUGCCGCGACGCCAACUGCCGCCUCCCCAGCUGCCAGAAGAUGAAGCGCGUGGUCCAGCACACCAAGGUGUGCAAGCGCAAGACCAACGGGGGCUGCCCCAUCUGCAAGCAGCUCAUCGCGCUCUGCUGCUACCACGCCAAGCACUGUCAGGAGACCAAGUGCCCCGUGCCGUUCUGCCUCAACAUCAAGCACAAGCUGAAGCAGCAGCAGCUGCAGCAGAGGCUGCAGCAGGCGCAGCUGCUGCGGCGCCGCAUGGCCGUGAUGACCAACACGACGCGGGCCGCGGGGCCCCCGGUCGCCCAGGGGGGCUCGGGGGUGCUGGCCCCGGGGGCCGCCAGCCCCGGGGUGCUGGCGGGCCCCGGGGGCCUGGUCAUGGCCCUGCCCGCGCCCCACCAGGGCAUCGGCCUCAAGCCGGGCACGCCCCAGACGCCGUCCCCCAACGUGCUGCAGGUCGUCAAGCAGGUGCAGGAGGAGGCGGCGAGGCAGCAGGCCCCCCACGGCCCGGGCUACGGCAAGAACCCCCCCGGGGCGCUGGGCAGCCAGCAGCAGGUCAUGCCCCCGCCACCCAUUCAGCGACCGCUGGGCUCCAUGGGCCCUGCGGCCGGCCACCUGCUGCCCAUGGACCAGUGGAACGCCAGGUACCCGCAGAACCCAGGACUGCGGCAGGCGUCGCCACAGCUGAUCCAGCAGCAGCAGGUGGUGCAAGUGGCGCAGCAGGCCGGGCUGAGUGGCUUGAGGCCGCAGGGCGGCGUGCUGGGCGGCGCCAGCGCACAGGUGGGGGCCAUGCAGAAGCAGGCGCUGCAUCAGCUGCUGGCCACCCUCAAGUCCCCCAACACGCCCGAGCAGCAGCAGCAGAUACUGCAGAUCCUGAAGAGCAACCCGCAGCUGAUGGCGGCGUUCAUCAAGCAGCGCCAAGUGUACCAGCACCAGCAGCAGCAGCAGCAGCAGCAGCAGCAGCAGCAGCAGCAGCAACAGCAGCAGGCGGGGCGCAUGCAAGCCAUGCCGGCGCCUCAGCAGGCCCAGGCCAUGAGCCAGCAGCACCAGUGGUACAAGCAGCAGGUGCUAGCGGCGGCUCACCAGCGCCAGCAGCAGCAGCAGCAGCAGCAGCAGCAGCAGCAGCAGCAGCAGCACUUCCAGCAGCCCGGGGCGCUGGCGUACGCCCAGCAGCGCCUGCCCACAGUGCGCCAGCAAGUGGGCUACCCCUUCCAGCCCGACCAGCCGCAGUACGUGCAGCAGGGCCAGAAGCCCACGUCGCCCCAGGGCGUGGUGAUGGGACCGCCCGGCCCCGGCGGCAUGACGGUGCAGCAGCAGCAGCAGCUGAUGCAGGCGGUGCGCUCCCCGCCGCCCAUCCGCUCCCCGCAGCCCAACCCCUCGCCCCGCCCCGUGCCCUCCCCGCGCAACCAGCCCGUGCCGUCGCCCCGCGGGCCCGUGCCCUCCCCCCACCACCACCCCUCGCCCCUCCACCAGCCCGACGGCGAGCUGCUGCUGCCCUCCGACCCCGACGUCGCGCCCAAGGACAGCCUCUCCAAGCUCAUGGAGCACUUGUAGUGGCGUGUACUUAACCCGCAUUAUAGUAUUACCGUGCGACGUCUUGGCAAGGCUGUGUUUUUGUGCACACUCUGAAUCGUGUGGAUUGAUCUAGUAAUAAUAUAAAUAGUGAUGCACCAAAUAAUUGGCCAUUCGUUAGUUUUAUUGUACAAAUGGAAUGGCGAGUGUGUUGCUAGGGAACCAGCUCCCUGCAUCAGUCUUUUUUAAUGGCAAAAGUAUCGUCGCAGUUUGUUAAAGACUGCAGUGAAACGUUUCUUACUGUAACUAUCUUAAUUUUUUUCAGCCUCUUUUCCCCCCAUUUUUUUAAGGACGAGUUGUAUGCGUUAACUGACACGAACGCCUCUUGCUGUUAUUUAUUGGACAAGUGCUUCCCUCAUCUUCCCAGCUGUGACCGCCAGCUUUCUUUCUACACGUUCACUUCUUUAUUUAUUGCACGCUACUUGAUUGUCUGUCCUCUGCAUUUGUUACUUGUUUCUCAACUAAAAAUUUUCAUUGGGAAAUAUUUUAGUUUGCCACGUGAAGAUGUUUCUUUCUUGUCUAAAAUGUUGUUGGCGUGCGUUAUUCUUUCUCAGACGUUACUAAAGGUUUGACAUGUCGCCGAUAUUGAGAGCAGUGCAACAAUUCUUGAAGUGGUUAUUAUUUUGUUUCCGUGUAAAUUUCGACCAAAACAAGGUGACUGUAUAAUGAAUCAUUAAUUCCUAUUGCACUUGUUAAUUGGAUGGAAAUGGAAGAUCUCAGAGACUAACUUUGUUUAUGAAAAAAUAUAAGUAUUUGAAUCCAAAAACAAUAACUGUAUGUAAAUUUUUGCAAGUUGGUAAGGUUGUGAGAUGUGUAAUAUGUUGACGAUGGAUUGUGAUGUGAGACAUGAAGCGAACUUCCCUUAUUGGAAUAAAAACUUUGCAUAAAUUUUACCACGUAGUAAUGUUUACGCAUAGGUAAAACAUUCUCCGAUGAUCACGUGGUACAUACCAGUGGUAAAUAUAAUGUUUUACAUUGUAUCAUAUUUUUAAAGAUUCUGUCUUUAAUAUGUAAAUUAUGAAAUUAUUAGACUUUAUACAGAAAUAUUUUUAUUUGGAUCAUUUGAACCCUUGUGUGAAGUGUUGGUAUGUGAAUUUUCCUCAAUUUUUAAAGAAAUAUUAUUUAUUUUCUCAUGUUAUGUAAGUUAUUUUUUGUAUUGUACAUUUUGCUUUCGUGACUUCCAUGGCAUAAACUCGUGGUUGCAUGUUUCUCCAAAGCAUCAAGCGAAAUUAUUUUGUGUAAAUCCAGGUUGACCAAUAUUUCCUUUGUUCAUAACAGCAACAUUGUCAUCAAACCAAGAGUGUAUUGCUAGAGUCACAAAUUAGGUGCUUUCAAUCGUGGAAGCUUCAACCGUUAAAUGCUCUAUUCAAAACUGUGUUUGUAAUUUGGCAUGCAACUCAUUCUCUUUGCAUUUAUGGUAAUGCAGCUAUAAAAGAUUCUAGCAUUUAUUGCUCGUCCCCUUGUGGAAUAUUUCUGGUUUCGUCAUUUCUCUCAGAAGGUUUUAGAGUCCGUUUUGGGGGGUGUUUUUGCUUGCCCCAGAUGAGUAUAAGGAUGUGCAUAUUUACUUUUGAUAAUAUCCUCUCCUAUUCCAUUGUUUAGUUGCUGUAUCAGUAUUUCAUGCAGCAAAACCGUUUCAUGUUUAUAAAUUAACUGCUGCUGAUAUUACAGCAGCGUUUCUAUUUUUUGUUAUAGUUUCAUGUUAUAGUUUAUUUUUCAUAGUUAUCAAUUGUGAGAGGCCGUUUCCUUUAGAAAAUCCAAUUUUCUAUCAUGCUAUCACGUGAAUAGAAUAUGGUCAUACUUUACUUUUUUUAUAAUUGUCUACGGUGCUAUUUGAGAUGCGCUUGGCUCGCGACAGAAAUGGUAUUACGUGAGUUAGUACACUGUGUCUUGUUUAUGGAUUAUUUGCCUCUGUAACUUUUUAUUAUAGUCCCCAUUUUACACGUCCAUCCGUAGAAUUGUGUUCAAAGGGAAUCCAAUUGUGUGUGUGGUUUCCUAGGGUUUUAGGGCUCCCACAUUCAUUUCCACUCGGUGUGAGUGGUCGGAUCACAGCCAGCUACUUUCUUCCACACUCGACAUGCCAAAACGAGUUUUGUUUACGGUUGGUCACAAACAAGUUGGUCUGAACCGUGCCCAACUGUGCCACGUAGUUUACUUACUGCUAUCAACAGUAUUGUGUAUGUGUGUAGAAAAAUUUUAUGCUUUAUUAUAAUAAUGGGGUUCAUAAAAUUUUUUACAUCCAUGCUUAUUUUGUGCUUGUCUUGAUGCUGCGAGAGUGAUGAAGAUACUUGUGGGCGGAGCGUGCGGCCGGUUUGCAAAUUGCAAGUCCGCGCCAUUAAGUGUUGUAAUAGCAGUACACUCUUGUAUGAAGCCAGUACAAAAUUAUAGCUUGUUUAUAAAUGUACAAAGUGUUGUUCAUUCAUUUGUAUAUUUGUUGUAAAAAAAUGACAUUCAUAAAAUAAAUUUUUAAUAUAAUGAAA